AUGAUACCAUUUCCCUACCGCGCUGCGCGUUAUCAAUUGUUUGCAGAUCUCCCAUUUGUGUGUGUUUCCUUUCACAGGCGCUACAAACUGCAUCCACAGAAGCAACGCUCCAAGUACAUCUGCAAGCCAGAGGCCGUGGUCGAGGCUGGUAACCAUUUCGUGUGGGAGUUUUCACCGGGCAAGGUGUCCCUCAAUGUGCCGCCCAAGGAGGCCAUUUUACAGCAUUAUCGAGUGUGCGAAUUCGGUGGCAAUGACUGCAUUAAAGCCCCAUCCGUGGUAGAUCGUACUACCUCCAAGUAUGUAAAUCGCUUGGUUCAGCGUGUGGACGCCGUGUACCGGCAUCUGCGUCAGCGCUGCGAUCUGCCGGCCCUGCCAACGCUGCCUAAUCCUGAACCCAAGGAGGCCGAUGCUCCGCUCGAGAUUCAGCCGAAAGAGAAUCCAAAGCUACUGCAUCACAUACGGCAACUGAAUGCACAGGACACUCGAGAGACUCGAGUGAGUGCAACAACGAAGACAGCCCCAACCAGAGCCACAACGACUACAACGACUACAACGACAACAAGAACGACGACGACAACAACAACAACGACAACGAAGAGAUCGGAAGAGAGGAAAGAGAAACCCAACCCAAAGCCAGUGCCAGUGCCGAGCAGCACGACAGGCACCACGGCACCCCCGAAGCAACCGAGUCCGCAGUCAUCCAAUGUGCGCAAGAAACGGAAGUUGAUCGUGUUCGAAGUCAACGACUUUGGGGUACCCGUGGCCAGAGUGGAGUAUCAAUGAGUGCGAGACUUGGCAGGCAACAUUUAGCCACAGUCUACGCUUUCAUUACUGUGCCAACUAAGUGCAGUCUGGCAGUCCCUUUAGGUUGUGCUUCAGUGCGGUUGUUCGACUUACAUUAACCCAUUGCCAACAUGCUCAAAAACAAAAAGCAAAACAAAUGCAGUCUACACCAUGAUUUGCUCACCUUGAAAAGAAAACGAAAGAAAAAGAAAAGUUUAACCGAAG